AUGUCGUCUCAACAGGACCAGUGGGUUAAUCACCAUAAUACUCUAUUGCAAUUAGCUUCAGCUUCAGCUAAUUCCCCUAUGAUUCCAAGACCAGAAUCUUCCCAAUCAAACAUAAAUCUUUCCUCAUCUAAUUCGACCGCCCAAUUACAACAUAUACUGCAACAUUCGUUAUACCCUCCUCCUCCAGCCGCUAUGGCACAUUUACACAAUGGUACUACUGUCAAUAAUGGUAAUGGCUCUACUUCCUCAAAUAUGCAAUUCACUCAGGGUUUCUUACCUAAUCCACUACCUCCCAUCAACGAUCACCAAUUAGCAGGUGGGCAGUCAAGUCCUCAAACUUCUCAAGGUCACCAACAACAGCACCAGCAGCACCAGCAACAAAAUAUGAUGAGAUCAAUCACUCCUCUGUCAGUAAUAUCACCUAACGGAGUUGUUUCUGCACUUCCGAACCAAGUCCUGCAUUAUCAACAUAUGCAAGAUAUGCAUCUACAGCAGCAGCAGCAGCAGCAUCAGCAACAUCAACAACAUCAACAACAUCAACAACAUCAACAACAUCAACAACAUCAACAACAUCAACAACAUCAACAACAUCAACAACAUCAACAUCAACAACAUCAACAUCAACAACAUCAACAUCAACAACAGCAGCAACAGCAACAGUUCAUUUUACAAGACCAAGACCAACGCUGGAAAAAACAGAAAGUUGACGAAGCUAUGCAGCCUGUACGGACGGGUGCUGCUGUGACUUCGAAAAGAACAACCCAGGAGAAUAUCUUAAAAUUAGUAGCAAUGAAGAACAAAGAUAAGCCCUUGAGCGAAUAUGCUUCUGUAGUUAGAAAUGCUGAAAUCCAAGUACUCAACAUGGAUACCUCUACGCAUGCCAAAUCUGAAAUUCAAUCGGCAGAACAGCACAGAGAACGCGAGAGGCAAGUGUAUGCCUUAAUAUGGCUAAUGAGCAACUGUGUGACAGACACUGAAUCUUACGUCCGCCGCGGUAGGAUUUUUGCCCAAUACGCGGCGUCUUGUGCUCAAAACCAGUUGAAACCCUUAUCUCAGGCCACUCUUGGUAAAUUGAUCAGAGCCUUGUUCCCAUUCUUGAAAACAAGAAGAUUGGGUAUGAGAGGACAAUCAAAGUACCAUUACUGUGGACUCAAGCUUGUUUCUCCUUUCGCUACUUCUUCAGAUUUAACACCGACAGGGUCGUCGAAUAGUGACACGUCAAGUGCAAUGUUGUCUACCAGUGGGACAACUUCAAGUCAUUCAAAUAAUGAAAAUUCAAUAUCUUUGAAGUAUGAGGGUGAUUCUCAGCAUUCUAUAGACUCACAAUCCGAUCAUAGCAAUGGAAUAAAAUCCAUACAGCCAAAUGCCAUGUUGGGGAAACAAUCUUCGGUAAGUGAUCCAUUAAACCAGUUAUCCGAAGAUAUUUCAUUGGACGUGACAGGAAAUAUUCAAGGACAUGAUGCUGGUGUUAAACCGGUAUUAUCGGCUGAAACAAGUUUUAAUACGUGUUAUGAUGAAGGAUACGCUUUACUACCAGAUUUCUUCGCAGUAACAUCAGAAGCCAAAGUGGAACUACCUAUUGAAUUUCCAGACUUGCAAAAGUUUUUACCGGUAAAUCAGUCAGUUGAUCCUGAUAUUGCUUCCAGUGUUAACUCCCUAUACCAAGUUUAUUGUAAUACUUUGUUUGAAAAUAUACGGUUCAUGAAGUUUGAUGAUCUUCCAUUAACAUUGCAAUCAUUUUCAUCGAGUUCAAUAUCAUCAAAAAUGUACAACUUGUUUAUUUCUGAAGAAUUGUACAGAUGGGUUCAUCAAUCAGACCUACUUACUCACAAGGCUCUGACCAAGAUGCUUUCGAGUUUGAUUGUUGACUUCAACGAAAUUCCAGAGGUUGUGUUCAACAAAUUGUCAGACUUUUCAAAUGAGUAUAUGAAGAUGGUUGAGCAAUCUACCAUGGAUUUACCAUUACCGAUGGUAACCUUCAAAAAGAGUGUGGCACAGGCGUUUUGCCGUCUUGUGAAAAGGCUCGUGAAAGUGAUUGACAACAGCAAGAAAUUAUCAAAUAUCAUGAGUAAGCAAGAGAAUAGAUUAUCAAUGUUAUACGUCUGGGAACAGAACGUUAAAGUGUCCGAACUAAUAAACCAAGAGUUUUCUUACUUCAACCACCCUGCUUUAGAAAAAGAUAUGCAAGAACUCUUUUCAGUGCAGUUAUUGGAACUUCUUAAGAAAACGGAUGAGGAUUUUGAUCUAAUCUCUUUCGUUAAAAUGGUUUUCGGAGUGCUUUCAAACAAGAGUCUACCUCCUAGAUUACUAGUAUUGACUUUCAAUUCUUUCACCGCUGCUUGUACGAAAGAAAUAUUAACGAACUCAAACGAAAAUUUUGGAUUGUGGUGGAUGUUCAAGGCCUUUCUAGAUGAAUGGAUCUUUUGGUAUGCCGAAGUUGGAGGAUUCCUCAAAGAUUGA